CGCUUCUAAUUUCGCCUCGGUUGCCGCCCUUGCGGUGCGAUUCGCGCACCCGCUACGGAACGGAUCGCGGAGCCUUUGGCAUUCGCGAGGGUUCCUCGCAGCCUGUCGAGGGGCUCUUGGUUUCCGCCCGGUGAUACCCUCUUCGCUCUCAAUUUAUAGCGGCCGCUGAUGGUUUCCAUUGAUUUCUCCGCUCCCCCCGUUUCAUCCUCUCGUUGGCAGAAUAUUCUCCUUUCCGAUCUUUUCCGUAAAAUUUCUUCUGUUGCUGUUCGUCGUCCGGUGGAUUCGUAGUCGGGAGAGAAGGAUUGACUUGGGUUCCGAUAUCUUUCCUUUUUUUCUGCUCUUAAGAUCACUAGAGAGCACAAUAAUUGGAUUUCUUUGCGGAGAUUGUGGCAGAGUUGGCAACUCGAUGGAAGAGAGACGGUGGCGGAGUCUGGGGUCGGCGGUGGCGGUUGGGCUCUGUUGCCUGUCUGCCGCAGCGGCGGUGGUUUCGGCGGAGCAAAGCCUUCGAGUUGAGGCUUCGAAAGACAAGACGAGCGUAAAUGAUGUGGAUAUUGAAUCGAACUAUUUUUUAAAGGUCUCAAAUUUUUUGUGGCAGGCCGAUGGAUCUUCUUACCAUCCUGUUUGGCCGCCCCUGGAAUUUGGGUGGCAAAUCGUGGUGGGCACCAUAAUUGGGUUCUUUGGAGCAGCGUUUGGCAGUGUGGGGGGCGUUGGUGGUGGUGGCAUUUUCGUUCCCAUGCUUUCCCUGAUCGUGGGGUUUGAUCCCAAAUCCUCCACAGCGAUGUCAAAAUGCAUGAUUAUGGGCGCAGCAGGGUCCACCGUUUACUUCAACCUUAAGCUGAGGCAUCCAAUUUUAGAUGUGCCUCUUAUUGACUAUGACCUGGCAGUGCUUAUUCAACCCAUGCUUAUGCUUGGAAUCAGUAUUGGUGUUAUUUUUAAUGUGAUAUUCCCUGACUGGAUGGUCACAAUCCUCUUGAUUGUCCUGUUCUUGGGGUCAUCAACCAAGGCUUUCAUGAAAGGCGUUGACACUUGGAAAAAGGAGACAGUGCUUAAGAAGGAUGCUUAUAAACGCUUAGUAACUAAUGGUGGAGGGAGUGAAGAAGUCGAAUAUAGAUCUCUUCCUCUGGGUCCCAGCGAUAUUGAUCGAAAGGGUGUCGAAAUGACAGCAGAAUCUGAGGUCCCAGUUCUUCAAAAUGUUAGCUGGAAGGAGCUUGGUCUCCUUGUCUUUGUGUGGGUAUUAUUCCUUGUACUACAAGUUACAAAGAAUCACACGGCUACGUGUUCGACAUGGUAUUGGAUUUUGAACUUCCUGCAAAUUCCUGUCUCAGUUGCAGUGACUCUGCAUGAAGCAAUUAGUUUAUACAAAGGAGAGAGAGUAAUUGCAUCCAGGGGUGAUGAAGGGACAAAUUGGAAAGUCAGUCAAUUAUUUGUCUUUUGUUUGUCUGGUAUAAUUGCCGGUAUAGUAGGUGGGCUUCUUGGUCUAGGAGGAGGCUUUAUUUUGGGUCCAUUGUUUUUGGAACUUGGCAUACCUCCUCAGGUUUCAAGUGCAACUGCAACUUUCGCCAUGACAUUCUCAUCAUCAUUGUCUGUUGUAGAGUACUACCUUUUAAACCGUUUUCCAGUCCCAUAUGCUGUCUACUUCAUCUUCGUGGCUACCGUUGCUGCCUUUGUCGGGCAACAUGUAGUAAGGAGGUUGGUCAUAUUAAUCGGGAGGGCAUCUCUCAUCAUCUUCAUAUUGGCUUCAAUGAUCUUUAUCAGUGCCAUCUCGUUAGGUGGAGUUGGCAUCGUCAACAUGAUCAAGAAAAUUGAGGAUAAUGACUAUAUGGGUUUCGAGAACCUUUGCAGAUACCAAGCAUAGCAACAAAAACAUUGCAGCAUAUGUGUAACUUUGUCUUCCUCGAAGUUUUUGCUUUUUAGAUCUCUAAUUGGUGGAAUGGACCCUCGGGCAUAGCAAAUUUGAACACGAGGAUCUCGAAUUUUUAUUUCUUUUCGUCUUACUGAUGCAAGAAAUAGUUCCUGGCAACUGUUCUUGGAUUUGUUGAUCUAAUCUUGUACACUUUUUUUGCAAGAAAUGAC